AUGAACCGAACACGACUCACACUCCUCGUCGUGGGGGUGCUCUUCCACCUCUGCUACCUCUGGUCGAUCUUUGAUAUCUACUUUGUGUCGCCGUUGGUGCACGGGAUGCAGCACCACAACUCUAUCCAGUCCGUGCCCGUGACGGUUUCCUCCGCCGCGCCCGCCAAACGACUCUUCCUCAUUGUGGGCGACGGUUUGCGCGCCGACAAGACCUUUGAUCUCCUCACCCAUCCGUCAACCGGCAAAACAGAGUACCUCGCGCCAUACCUCCGGUCGCUCGUGCUCCACAACGCGACAUACGGGGUUUCGCACACGCGGAUGCCGACAGAGUCCAGACCGGGCCACGUAGCGAUGAUUGCUGGGUUCUACGAAGACGUUUCAGCGGUCACCAAGGGCUGGAAGGAGAACCCCGUGGACUUUGAUUCAUGCUUCAACCAGUCGCGCCACACGUACUCGUUCGGCUCGCCGGAUAUCCUCCCAAUGUUCGCGCAGGGCGCGUCAGACAAGCUGCGAAUCGACACCUGGAUGUACGGGCACGAGUUUGAGGACUUUUCCAAAUCGUCGAUCGAGCUCGACGCGUUCGUGUUCCGUCACUUGGACGAGCUCAUGGCCAACUCCACCGCCGACGAAGCACUCGACGUGGAGAUUCGCCAGGAAGGUAACAUCUUUUUCCUCCAUUUGCUCGGCUGCGACACCGCCGGUCACUCCUACCGCCCGUACUCCGCUGAAUACUAUGAUAACAUCAAAUACAUCGACCAGAUGCUCGAGAAAGUGGUUCCGCGCAUCAAUGCCUUCUUUGACGACGAAGACACGGCCUUUAUCUUUACCGCCGACCACGGGAUGUCCGACUUUGGCUCUCACGGUGACGGCCAUCCGGACAACACACGCACGCCGAUCAUCGCCUGGGGCGCGGGUAUCAACAAGCCCGUCCGAAACGAGCAACCCGUUUUUAGCAUUCCCGAAGACAACGAGGACACGUACAUGGCGGGCUGGGGGUUGGAGCACGUCCGCAGAAAUGACGUCAAACAAGCGGACAUUGCGUCAUUGAUGUCGUACUUGGUCGGGAUAAACUACCCGGCAAACUCUGUCGGCGAACUUCCGCUCGCGUUCGUGCUGGCGCCAGAAGCGCAGAAGUUGCGUUCAUUGUACCAGAACUCACUCGCGGUGUGGGAGCAGUACAGGAUCAAAGAGCAAGAGGUGUCUGUCGCUCAGUUUAGCUUCAAACCGUUCCCUGGCUUUGCCACAAAGACCGUAGAUGAGUACAAGGCGCAGAUUGAGGCGGGGAUUAACAGCGAGGACCCAGCCACCAUUACGGUAGUUGAGGAGUUUAUGCAGACGUCUUUAGAGGGCUUGACAUAUCUCCAGACGUACAACUGGUUGUUGUUGCGCACAAUUGCUAGUGCUGGGUUCGUGGGAUGGAUCGUGUAUUCGUUUAUUAUCUUUCUCAGAUUGUUUGACAGCAAGGAUAGCACCGAUGAGGGAAGCACCUUUGGUGCGGUGACUGACGUCGGUUUCGCCUUCCUCACGCUCUUCCUCAAUUACGUCCUCUUUGUCCAGCGCUCUCCCUUCAACUAUCACGCAUACCUCGCCUUCCCGCUCUUCUUCUGGAAGGAAAUCUCUGUCAACAAGCGUGUUCUUGUCAACGGGAUCACCGCCUUCUUUGCCAACGUCUCCGUGCCCAUCCGCAUUGCCUCCGUUAUUGGCGUCCUUGCCAUCUUUGAAUCUAUUGUGUACGGGUUCUUUAACCGCCGCAUCUUUUCCGUGGUGUUUGUUGCCCUUGGCGUGGCCUACCCCGCCUUGCUCUGGAAAACGUCUGGGUCCAUCUCCUUGGGUGCCUCCACGCUCUGGUUCCUCACUUGUUGCGGCUUGUCCACCUUCACGCUCUUUGAUGCCGUCAAGGUGGAGAACUUGGCGCUCAUCAAUAUUGGCGGAGCGGGCUGCUUGCUUGUGGGGGUUUACGGUUUCUACUACAUCGCUACCCACCCAGUUCACCAUCACAAGGGUCACUACACGCUUAACGGCGUGACUUCCGCGCUUGUGGUGGUCCAGAUCUUGCUCGUAGUUGUCUCCUUGGCCACCACCCAGCUUGCCGUUGUCAGCUUGCAGGCGAGAGCGGGGUUGCCGAAGCUCGCGCAAUACGGUGGGUUUGCCGUCUUGCUCGCGUCGUUGGUAGUCUUGCCGGUGGCCCAGGCGGUGGUCCAGCCACGCAACAAGGACUACCGCUUGCGCUUGCUCACCAUCUUCCUCCUGUUUGCCCCGACCUUUAUCAUCUUGACCAUCUCCUUCGAAGCCAUCUUCUACCUUACCUAUUCGUUGAUGUUAUUGCAGUGGAUCGAGCUAGAGUCGCGUGUCAACGCCUGUGAGCGCCACAAGCCGGGGGCGAAUGUUUGGAUCCAGGUCUUGCGUGUCGCGGUUGUCGGUUUCUUUUACUUACAAAUCGCCUUCUUCGGCACUGGUAAUGUGGCCUCCAUUUCGUCCUUCUCGCUUGACUCCGUGUACCGCCUCCUUCCUAUUUUCGACCCGUUCCCAAUGGGUGCGUUGCUCAUGUUGAAGUUGGUUAUCCCAUACGUUUUGUUGUCGGUCGCCCUUGGCAUCAUGAACCACAAGUUGCACAUCGAGACAUUCACCAUCACCACCUUGGUCAUCUCCACCAGUGACAUUUUGAGCAUGAACUUCUUCUUCUUGGUCAAGACCGAGGGCUCGUGGUUGGACAUUGGUGUCACCAUUUCCAACUACUGCUUGGCCAUCUUAUCCUCCUUGUUCAUGUUGUUGUUGGAGUUCAUCAGCCAGCCGUUGUUGCAUGGCGUCGAGAUUUUGAGCGUCGAGGAAGUUGCUGUCGAAAAGGUUAUCGAAAAGGUCGAGCGCCAGUUAGAUUUCGAGGACAAGCCGGAGCCUAUCGUGGUUGACUUGGAUGAUGAGACCCCUGUCAGCGCCAGACUCAGACGGGUCAGAAAAACGAACUAA